GAUGGUAAUUUUGAAGAAAUUUUAGAAAAAACUUUUAAAGUUAUCAGUGAUAUAAAUAUUAUGCCAACUACACCAUUACUACAAACUGAAGAAAAUAUUGUUAUAUAUUUUUCAGCCUUUUGA